GUGUACUGUUGAAUACAGUCAACUGGAACCCUUGCCAAAAAAUGAAAGGCCUCCGUUGCCUCAACCAACUCGCCGAAUUCGUGUAAGAAAUGUUUUGCAGAAAUUAGCAUUAAAUGCUGCUUAUGAUUUUGGAACAAAACUUAAAAAAACUCGAGCUGGUAAGCCUCGAAAAGUGAAAGAAGACUUAUGUCGUAUCCAAAGUUCAAAUGUUAGUUCCACUCUUAUGACGCAGAAGUUGCCUCUACACAAUGAAAAGAGGUGCAAUGGCGAUCAACUACUGACGUCCCAGUGUCAAAUAAAUUAUAGCAAUUAUCAAGUUGCUAACUGCAAUCCUUCACAUAGUAUAAAUUUUCAAACUAAUGGUAACCUUGCACAACUUCCUGUUGUGGGUCAAGAGUCACCAAGAACACAAGAUUUUUGUUCAGCUCGGCAUGUUCCUAGUACGCAGAUAGUAGUACCAGCUACAUCAGCUGGCGGAUACAAUCCAGACUGCACUAUUGCUCAAGAAAGGUGCUUAAAUACUGCAGAAUCUCCUCCACCAGAACCAGAUUCAACAACACCAACAAAGCCUCCAGUCAUUCUUACUAAUGAAGUGAAUGUGUCGGCAAGUGAAACAGUGUCUCAGACUGUAGUUUCUCCUAACCAAAUUGCAUGCAGUUGUUGUCCUGGCAGUUCCUGCCUCAAGGCAAACCCUGUCUAUGUUUUAAGCCCUAGUGUUCAAUUUGUCAGUCACUUACCACCACGUGUAUCGGAAGGAACUGAAGAUUGUGUUCGCACAACCGUUUCGGGUCCUGCAGCAAAGGGAUUGUCGGGAAAUUUAGUUCAGGCAUUGAAUAUGGUAGCUCAGAAGUCUGUUUUGCCUGAUGGUAGUGAUUUACCUCUUCAUGAUAUCCAGACCCUGAGAUUCUACUACAACCUUGGGUGUGAUUGGUUUCGACAGAGCUGCUUACCAUUGCCAGUUCAUAUUGACCCAUAUGCUGGAAGUUUAUCAGCAGCAGCAGCAGCACCAACACCUACAUCCCCAGAAAAUGAAGUAAGCAGCACAGUUCCUUGUCACUCCACACAACCAUACACAGGUCAUUUACAACAAACAGGACAACAGAAAUUCACAGAUGAUCCACAAGGAUCUGCUAUUAUAAUGGACCAUGGGUGUGAAAACUCCAAUUUUAGUAGCAACAUGGGAUCUCCUGCUCACACAGUAGGAACUGGCAUGAACCAGCCAUGUCUGACAAUGUAUAAUACACAGUACAUGCCAGUGUACCCAGUUGAUGGAGAGACACAAGUUGUUCCUAUAUCAGUGCCUUACUUUCAUUAUCCAGUAGCUACUAAUAUACCAUUAGCUAUUACUCAGGAAACUGAUUCAAAAAAUGACACCUCAUCACUAUCUCAAACCACCAAUUUGACACAGCCAGUUCCUGCUGAAAGUAGCUUCUACCCUGGAUAUGCAUAUUACAAUAUUGCAACAGGCCCAUAUAUUCUCCAGCCAGGAACACUGUGUCAAUCUCCUGGAAUUGUACCUCAAAGUGCUUCUCCUAAAUGGAAUAUGCCAGUUUCAUUUCAUCAGUGUGCACAAUAUUCAUAAGGUGAGAUUCCAAAUUCUGUUAUGUCUGUAAAGCGUAUUGAAGAUUUCCUCUAUGUCUGAUUGUUAAUAGCUGUGACGACAAUGAAUAUGUAAUGGUGAAAAAUUAUGUAAACUAACAGAUUUAAAUUGUUCUGUUCAAGUUAUCAGAUCAAUGUCACUUUGAUCAUUAUGCACAAAAUAAGAUUUAUAAAAUGAAGUGCCAUGUACAUACAUCUCCUUCACAGAAUAACUUAAGCUGUUCUUUCAUAGACAAGAUGUAGUAACAUUGAUAGAAUUUUUGUAUAUGAUACUGCAUAUUUAUGAAUCAAGAAUGAAAUUGUAUCUAUGCUAAUAAAAUUUGGAGAUCAAAUCUCUGAAAGUUUCAAGUAACAUCUCAUUAUUAUAAAAACAUUGUCAUAAAUCUGAACACAAUUUAAAAAAUCAUGCUUUAUUGUUACAUGAUACAGAAUGUUAAAAACACAAUAAAAAUUACAAAAAUUGUUAAUAAUUAAUGUUUCAUAUCUUUCAAACAGAAGUUUUCAGUUAUAUACAUCUAAAUAUUUAUUCUGUUUUGAUUUCAUUAAUAAAUUUCUUUGACAUUGCA